AUGCCUGUUUCACAUAUCACCCUCACGGUCUCUCAUCUGCCGACUUCUACGUCGUUCUUCCUAUCUUGUCUUCAGCCUUUGGGCUAUCAGUUCAUUGGGAGACAUGACGAUUAUAUAGGUUUCGGGCAGAAGCAGGGGGAGCCUGCUGAUUUCUGGAUGACCGAACAGAAGCCCGGAGUCCCUCCUGGUGCAGUUCAUGUCGCCUUCCCAGCCCCGUCAAGAGACGCCGUCGGCUCAUUCUUCAUCAGCGCCUUAAAGGCCGGUGGAAAGAUACACGGCGAGCCCAAAGAACGGGAUUCCCAUACUGGGUAUUUCAGCGCGGCAGUCAUCGACUUCGACGGCAACAGCAUUGAAGCCGUAUACCGGCCGACCAGCAGUGGCUCAUCAGUUGUCUCCGCCGCCAGCGGACCGACAAUGGCUUUGCUGGAGAACAAAGACAGUCGGUCUGUGGUCUCCAAAGUGAGCAGCAAGGCCCCCUCUGUCAAGGCCGAGAGCGUUAAAGCAGAGAGCAUCGCACCUCCAAGGUCUGAGGCCCAUUCUCGCGCUGUUUCAAAGGCUCCUACUGCCAUUGAGCGCUCUGCCCCAACUGUCGUGUCCCGGGCUCAGUCCCACGCACCUUCGCAGCAACAAUAUGCUCCCUCCCAACAACAAUAUGGGCUCCAAACGCCUCCGCAAACUCCCCCAAAGACCGAUGAUGGCAGCAAAGCAGCCAAAACAAUUGUCGGCACUCUCAUCGGUGCGGCAGCAGGUGCAGCUAUCGCCUAUGCAAUGGUCAAGGGCGAGAAUUCAUCCAACACCGAGCAGCAAAGCCCCAUGCAAUAUGUAACCAACUUUCCCCAGCUCAAGGCGGCACCCUCCCAAGCCUCUCACGAGGAAGAAGCGCCAGCUCCAAGCCAAUUCCGAGCCUUGGAAGCGCCACCCCCGCGCAGCGAAUACGGCCGCAGUGAAUAUGCCCGGAGUGAAUAUGCCCGAAGCCAAUACACAGCAGCCUCAGCCCCGCGCACAACGCUCACGCGCAGCGUGACUUCCAAGAACCCGCGCGCAAGCACAAUCUACGAAGGAACAGAGUUCAUGCACGACGACCCCGGCCGCCGCGCCUCAGAGGGUAGCAUCUACAGCAUCCCCGAGGACCUCCCCUUCCGCGCAAUCGAGUACCCACCCCCGAGCAACGCCUCGCAGCAGCGCUACCCCUGCAACCCAUCGACUUUCAUCAGCAGCUAUGCAAAUGACAAGCCCCGCAACAACUCUAGCGGCAGCAUCCACAGCUCGUCAACCAUCAAGGCCUCCCAGUCCAAUGUGCAGCGUCGUCACAGCAGCGAUGAUAGAGACGAAUACUCGACACACAGCAGCCACCACAGCCACCACAGCCAACAAACCGUCUACCGCGCAGCCUCCAUCAAAUCCGCCUCGAUAGCCCCAUCCUCGCACCGCGGCAGCCCACCCUCAGCAACAGGCACAGCAAAGGAACCAAGCAUCGCCCCCUCAACCCGCUCAGCCCGCGACAUCCCCCUGCCACAGGGCUCCCAUACAACAACCUACAGCAGCCCAAGCAUGCACAGCAAAGAAGGCGGCAGCACAGCCAAGAACUCCCACGUCUCAGCCCGCCAAAUUCCCCUCCCACAAGGCUCAAUCUCAACCUUCUACUCAAGCCCCAGCAUCGCAAGCGAUACCUACCACGGCGCCGGCGGCGAGGUAACCCGCACAGCAGACAAAACCUCUUAUGUCUCCCUCUCCCCGCGAGACAUCUUCCUGCCUGAAUCCGUCAUCGACGUCGACGUCAACUCGAACGUGACCCCCGAUGACUCCAUCUCUCAGGUUGGUGGCCAUAGUCACGGUGGACGGUCGAGAUCGAGACAUUCGCACCAUAGCCAGGCGCGUUCGCACCGUUCUCGCUCGCGCUCGCAUCGCUCUUCGCAUUCGCGCGCUUCGAAGAGGGAGCCUUCUGUUCAUUCGAAGGCUGGUUCUAAGGUUGGAUCGAAGGCUGGUUCGAAGUCUGGUUCGAAGUUCGAUGAGCCUGUUAGACCGGCUGAUUCUGUGAGUCAGGUCUCUAGGGCUUCGCAGCGGACUGCUAAGGCGCCUGAGAGUCGGAGGGGGAGUCAGGUUGUAUGA